GUUGCCCCCCCCCCCGUGUGACCCCUGCUUCCCACGGCGGUGGUGGCGGUCUGACCUGUGGCCACCACCUCUUCUUGAGGCAGGGAGAGAGAAGGCAGUGGGGGUGUAGUGUCUGGCAGGGUGAGCUGCUCCUGCCCGACGCCUUUCCACUGAGACAUGCCCUGUUUGUAGGUGAUUGUUGUGAGUGGUAUGGGCGCAGGCCCAGGCUGGUGAUGGACGUCUCACUAAGGGUUUUUAAUGGUCCAACAAUCAAGGUAUCGCACCGAGGCGAUCUGUCACCUGCAGGAUAAUAUGCAGCCAGCCUUCUUGGAUGCACGCAUCAGAUUGGAUGGAGAAGCCCAAGUCUUAAUUUGUAUGUUUCUGUCCGUUCCACUGGACUUAAUGUUCUCCCUCAAGUCUAUAUACAUAUUUCUUUUUUUUUUGGAAAGGUAGCCCACUUUUUUUAAUGUUAAAUAAAUGAUUUGAUUUAAAAUUGUUUACUCUUUCAUUGCGACUGUCAUUUCUAUACAUCUGUGUUCAUAAGUCGAGUGUGACGAAAAUGCUGGCUGCACUUAUUUCUACAAACGAAUUGUGCCUAAAGUGUAGGUGGAGCUGAAGGUUGAUUGCUAUAGCGUUCAUGUUACGAAGAAACCCAGUAACUCAGAAAUAUGCUCCUUAUGGUAUUUUUCUAUUCAUUUUAUAAUGAAUAAAUCUGAGCUUGUAGUAAUCUUAACUUUAUUAAAUGGCAUUUGUGAUCAUGUUGGGGCUUAAUCAUAAAACUUAGUGGUUUUUCCAAAGAGCACCUUUUGCAUUUUCUUAAGUGAGCUGAAGAAAAACCUGCAUGGAAAGAUCUGGUAUUAGUUCUCUGGAUUCAUCUGUAAACUAUGAGACGUGGGAUACGAGUUAAAGUUGUAGCCUGCAGGCUAUGACACACACACUUGUGUUUUUGUUCUCUUGAAGGCCCAAAGCAUGCACACUUUUCUUCUUCAAACUGAACCCAGGGCUCCGGUUGGAGCCUGUGGCGGGGGAGGGAGCAGGAGGGCCCUGCAUGUUGAGACAGGAGACGGUCCUUCCUCAUUGACGUUUCUUCAUCUGCUUCUGGAACCAGGCAGGAGGUGGAAGUACGCUGCAUGCUCCAUUUACUCGCCCGCUCUCAGCGACAGAAGUUGCUCUCCAACAUUUGAGUUCUAAUUUUAAAGUCGACCGCCGCCGCUGGCCCCAUGGCCCUGGUGGGGGCUGCCGGAGAGGGCCCCAGAGAGGAGACCCCCGACCUCAACCCGCCGUCCCCUCAAGGUGAGAAGACUGCUGUACAGAAACAGACUUACACCAGAUGGAUGAACGUCUUCCUGAAGAGAUGUGACCCUCCCCUCCAGGUCCAGGAUCUGUUCGUGGACCUGGGGGACGGCCGGGCCCUCUUGGCGCUGUUGGAGCAGCUCUCAGGCUGUCAGCUGGUGUACCGGUUCAGGCCUUCCACACACCGCAUAUUCAGGCUGAACAACAUCGCUAAGGCCCUGGCCUUCCUCGACGACCGACACGUGAAGCUGCUUGGCGUCGAGGCCUCGGCGGUGGCUGACGGAGUUCCUCACGUGGUCCUGAACCUCCUCUGGAACAUCAUCUCCUUCUUCCAGAUCCAGGAGGCGACCGGAGGCCUGAGGCGGCGUCUCUCCUCCAGCCUCUCCUCCUUACCCACCUCCAGCUCCCCCUCCCCCCGGGGCCCCCUCCCCCCGCCCGGGGGCCCCUACUCCAGCGCCACCCUGCCCCCCCGCCGCAGGAGGCCGGGCCGGGGCCGACGGCUCCGCUCGAGGCCCCUGGAGAGCCUCCUGCUGUGGGUCCAGAGGAGGACGGCCAGGUGAGGGGGGGGGAGACAGACAGACAUGGUUCAGACAGACAGGAUGGAGACAGACAGACAGGCGUGGUUCA